AUGGCACCGCCGCCCGAAAUCGCCAUCCCCUCGACGAGCGUCUCGGACGAAGGCUCCUCCAAGCCCUUUACCCUCUACAACAUCACGCUCCGCCUCCCGCUCCGGUCGUACGUCGUGCAGAAGCGAUACUCGGACUUUUCCCAGCUCCAUGGCACCCUCGUCGAGCUCGUCGGCGCGCCGCCCCCGGCGCCGCUUCCGGCCAAGCACUGGCUCAAGUCGACGGUCAACUCGGCCGAGCUCACGAGGCAUCGGCAGACGAGCCUCGAGACCUACCUCCGGACCAUCGCCGAGACGCCCGACCGUCGAUGGCGGGACACGGCCGCCUGGAGAGCCUUCCUCGGCCUGCCGAGCGCGAGCGCCAACAACUCGGCCGCGUCGGCCGCCGGCAUGGCGGUGAACGCGGCGGCCGGGGCGGCGGACCCGGGCACCUGGCUCGACAUGCACCGCGAGCUGAAGCAGUGCCUCCACGAGGCUCGCCAGUGCCUCUCCAGAAGGGACGGAGCGUCGCACGCGGGCGACGGCACCGCCGCGGCCGAGGCCGGCGCGUCGGCGAAGCGGGCGCUCGUCAAGGCCGGCAACGUCAUCGCCGCCCUCGCCGACGGCCUGCGCAAGGUGCAGGAGUCGAAACGGCUCGGCGACGGAGAGCUGCGACGGCGACGGGACCUCGUCUCCUCGGCUCGCAUGGAGCGCAACGGUCUGGAAAAGCUGGCGAGCGACAUGGCGAGCCCGCCGUCGUCCGACGCCGACCGCCGCGGCCAGGGCUCGUCGUGUGCGGCCGAGAAGACGGGUCUGCCGGGCCGCGGGUGCAAGCCGGGCGGUCGCGUGCUCGGCGCGCCGCCGGCGGAGACGGACGAGACGCGGGAGCUCGACAACCAGGGCAUCCUGAUGCUGCAGAGGCGCGAGAUGGAGGCGCAGGACGAGCAGGUGGAGCAGCUCGCCGCCAUCAUCCGGCGCCAGAAGGAGAUGGGGCUCAAGAUCAACGAGGAGGUCGAGGCCCACGGCGAGAUGCUCGACCGCCUGGACCAGGACGUGACGCGCGUCGACGGCAAGCUCCGCGUGGCCAACGACCGCGUCAAGAGGAUGUGA